AUGAAACUGAUCGUAUUUUCCUGUGUAAUAAUUGCCGUAGCGCUCUGCGCCCCUACUCUCGACCCAUUUCUGACACGGCGUUUGCUGCCUGCCUUAGAACAUGAGGAAGUACAUGACGAGUUCGGGCAGUAUGCGUACCGUUACGUCACAGCUGAGGGAACUGUAGUCUCCCAACGUGCCUGGCUCGAGCCAACCGAAAAUGGCACUUAUGUCCUUGUCACAGAAGGCGAAGUUUCUUACCUCGGGGAUGACGGCGAAAUAUACGUCACGAAAUACUACGCAGGCAUUAAUGGAACGCAUAUGGAGAAUGAUCAUUACCCCCUGCCUAAGGCGCCAGUUGCAGAAGAGUCAGAUGCUACUCAGUGA